AUGCCUCACUUCAAAUUAGAUCCACAGUACUCAUUGCCGUGGUUCCAACGCAUGCGUGACCGGUUCCGACUCAGGGAUGGUAGAUAUCAGGUCGCUCUCCUGGAGGCCUAUGACGGAGAAACGGCAGUCCACUUGGAUACACCCGUGCAAGAAGAUGCAGACCUUUUAGCACCGUUCGAGCCCUUGAAGUUGGGGAGUCAACAAAACCUAGGAUCUCAACUACUACAACUCCCGCCAGAGCUACUGCUUCACGUCAUGCGCUUUCUACCGAAUAGCUCGCUUUACAUGCUGCGUCAAACCUGUCAGGCCCUGCGCGAAUUAACCGAAGAUAUGGAGUUUGACGAUUUCUAUUGGGACAUCCUGCGCUAUACAGAACAGACUAAACGCGUCCUUGGAUCUACGCUACUUGGAUCUACAUGCGAACAACUUCGUCUCAUCAAGCGGAUUUUGCUGCGAAGGUCACUAUGCGAGCCCUGUGGUGAUCUCCUAGACUCCGGGGAACUGGAGACUCGGCUACGGAGACUUCUGCAGCCCAUUCGUUGCGCUGGAUGCAAUCAAAACCACCCAGAACUUCUUUUCCCGCAGUAUAAGGAAAAAGAAAAUGUCUGCGUGGGGUUGUUGGGGCACGUCGACCUUUGCAAGCAUGUCAAAGUCUCGGCAAAACUGCAACCGAAUUGUAGGGAAAGUCUGUAUGCUCACUGCACACAUCCUGAUCACUACGUUGCGGAUAGUAAAGGAGCCGCCGAUUUACGGAGCGUCACAAGAUCUUACCCAAACAUCCGCAUUUCAUGCCGAGAAGCCAUCCACGAAAUUUUGUUAUCAAAAUCUUUCCCAAUGCUCAAGAUCAACCAGCGACAAUUUCCAGGAAUGGCCGCACUGCAGGUGCGUCUGCUGGAACAAUUGAAGGAAAAUGGUGUUGAGGGUCUUUGUCAACAUGCUUCAUCACAGAUCGAUUCUAUCGUGUCGUGUAUGAUAUCUGACAAAUGCAAAUGCUUCCCCGUCUCUGGGACGCCGGUUCACAAACUCGAGGCUUGUUACGGCCCAAAAGCUUGGUGUCCAAACCACGGCUAUAAUUGCCGGCAUUGCGGGGCUCGUUACUUCUGGAUAUACGAGGGUGAUUACAUUGUUCUGAGGUUUGUGAUGCUCUCGGAUAACACCGGCCCGGACAGCUUUGGGUGGCUUUCGAACCUGACAUUUGACACGGGCGAGCAUCCUAUCUUCAACGACAACACCAAGGGCGUGCUUUGGUGUGACAAUCCUUCAUGUGGCACUGGCUGUGGACAACGCUGGCUUUUGUUGGUGGAGAUACUGAAAAGGAGUUCACUACGACGUCACGGGGGAGAUACCCAAGUUCCUCCGCGGGAUCACUACUCUGCCCAGAAGUUGCCAUUCACACUGGAAUAUCAAGUGGUUCAGGAUGCUAUGGAAUGGCCGACUGACCUAUCCAUGGACCUCAUGUUCCCAAUAGCCACUCUUUUCGGUGCGCCCGUCGGUCUGAAUAGGAGCGUAUAA